CCCCCUGUUGGAAUUCCCCGUUCCGUUAUGUGGCGCAUCCUCCCGCGGCGGCGCCCGUUUCCCGGUAAAAAAAAUCUUUCGGUUAAUUCUAACGGUCUCAAUAGGACCCCUCCUCAUAAUUUUACCAUAUAUAUAUUUUAUUAUUAUUAUUAUUAUUUUUGAAGUACGUAGCAGUAGUACUACUGCAUAGCUUUUCUCCCCUAUAAAACGUCCGCAGACCCCUUCUUCCUCUUCACAAACAACAUCUUCCGUUUUCCGUUUACGGUCUCAAAGUAUAGAGAGCUAAACGAACACUAUUUAAUUCGAAAAGAAAUCCAUCCAUGGGAUCAGCUGUGGAGAGUGGGUGGGUAUUAACCCUCUCCCUCGCCGCCACGUGCGGCGGCGUCGUCGCGGCCGACCCCUCUCACCUCCUCGCAGCCACCCUUCUCUUCCUGCUCGCCUACGCCGCCGCCGUCCUCCUCUACUGGGCCGUGCCCGGCGGCCCGGCCUGGGGAAAGUAUCGGCUGAGCAUGCUCCGGCGGCCUCCGGGCCAAUCGGACUUCGCGGCAAUCCCGGGGCCGAGGGGCCUCCCCGUCGUGGGCUCCAUGGGCCUCAUGACGGGCCUGGCCCACCGAAAGCUCGCGGCGGCCGCGGCGGUCUCCCGCGCCGAGCGCCUCAUGGCGUUCAGCAUCGGCAGCACCCGCGCCGUCGUCACGGCCCACCCCGACGUCGCGAGGGAGAUCCUUUCCGGCCCGGCCUUCGCCGACCGGCCCGUAAAAGAGUCGGCCUACGGGCUCAUGUUCCACCGCGCCAUCGGCUUCGCGCCAUACGGCCCCCACUGGCGCGGCCUCCGCCGCGUCGCCGCCGCCCACCUCUUCUCGCCGAAGAAAAUCGCGGCCUCCGCGGCGCAGCGCGCGGCGAUCGCAGCUCAAAUGGUGAGCGCCCUCCGACCGAACGAAACCAAAGAUGCUGACCAUAUUUUGGCGGGUCGAGAAGUUGAAGUUCGCGGGGUGCUUAAGCGGGCCUCGCUCCACAACGUGAUGUGGUCGGUGUUCGGGAGAAGGUACGAGCUCGAGCUCGGCGCCGAGUCGGAGGAGACGGAGGAGCUGAGAGUGUUAGUAGAAGAAGGGUACGAUAUCUUAGCGAAGCCCAACUGGUCGGACCACCUACCUCUGCUGUCCCGGUUCGACCCUCAAAAAAUCCGGUUCAGGUGCUCCCGGCUCGUCCCCAGGGUGAACCGGUUCGUGAACCGGAUCAUUCAGGAGCACCGAGCCGGGAGGUCGUCGCAUGCGGACGCCCCUACGGAUUUUGUCGGCGUUCUCCUUUCUCUGCAGGGAAGCGAGCGGCUCACCGAUCCCGACAUAGUCGCGGUCCUCUGGGAGAUGAUAUUUCGGGGUACGGACACGGUGGCAGUGUUGAUCGAGUGGGUCCGCCGGCUCGUGCUCGACCGGGACGUCCAGGCCCGGGUCCACGAGGAGCUGGACCGGGUCGUGGGCGGCCGGCCCGUGGCUGAGCCGGACCUCGGCUCGCUCCCCUACCUCCACGCCGUCCUCAAGGAGGUGCUCCGCCUCCACCCCCCGGGCCCACUGCUCUCGUGGGCCCGCCUCGCCACGACGGACGUCCACGUGGACGGGCGCCUCGUCCCCGCGGGGACCACCGCGAUGGUCAACAUGUGGGCCAUCACCCACGACCCGCGGGUGUGGCCCGACCCGCUGGAGUUCCGCCCGGACCGGUUCGUCGGACCGGGCGCAGCGGAGCUCCCCCUUCUUCUCGGGUCGGAUCCGCGGCUGGCCCCGUUCGGGUCGGGCAGGCGGAGCUGCCCGGGGAAGCCGUUGGCCAUGGCGACGGUCGGGUUGUGGGUGGCGACGCUGCUGCACGAGUUCGAGUUCCUGCCCCCGUCCGGCGGGACACGUGUCUGCCUCUCGGAGGUCCUGCGCCUCUCCUGUGAGAUGGCCUCCCCGCUCACCGUUAGAUUGAGGCCGCGGCGCACGUUAGCUUAAACCCGUGCAUGCAUAUCGCAUAUGUAUUUGUUGUGCUUUGGUGGUGCCUAAUUUGUAGUAUUAAUGAGCAUUUUUUUCUUUUUCUUUUUUUCCAUUUUCGAAGCUUUUAUGCAAACUCUGAGAUGUGUGAAUAUAUGGAAAGAAAAAAAUAGCGUGGACUAAUUAAUGAAUAUAUUGCAGUACAUUAA